UUUCACAGUUGGUGACGAGUGUUAUGAAAAUGGCCUCGACCCUGCCCGUGAGCACGAAUAACCGGAGAAGAUGACGACGUUGAGCUUCUUAAGUCGGUCGAACACCAAAGUGUCUUCCUUGAACACGUAGAUUACAGAGAAGUGAACAAAAAACAAGAGACUCUCGGAGGAGAAACGCCUAAAAAUACCACAGAGGACCGCAAAAAUUUCCGCUGGCUGGCUGAGGAGCCACUAUGGAGGAUAUCAACUCUAAUAUCAACGCCGACUUGGAGGUGCGGAAGCUCCAGGACUUGGUGAAGAAACUCGAACAGCAGAACGAGCAGCUCCGGAGCAGGUCUACGAUGUUGUCCUCGUCCGGAGCCAUGUCAGGGAACCACAGACCCCUCAGCGCCGGAUACGACUCGUCGUCCCUGUCAGCGGGGAUGGCAGCCGGUCUGGCCGGCUUCCCUGGGGUGGGGUUCGUCGGUACGGGCGGCUACGGUGGUCUGCUGGAGAACAACCGCUGCUUGAGCCCCAGACUGUCGUACGACGGCAUCAGCUUCAGGAGGGCGUAUGAAUGUGAGGGGGCUUCCGCUGCCACCAGUAUGAACUCACUUUAUUCAGACACCACCGGUUCCGGCUUCAUGGACGAAGCAGAAACCUCAAUCCUAGAUGAAGUGGAAAUCUUAGACCUCGAAGACAUGGAUUGUCUACACGAAGACGAGGACAGCUGGUUGUAUGAGGCGAAACUCAACAGUCCCCUGCAAAAAGCCUUGAGUCCUGUCGUGUGGUGUCGCCAAGCUCUGGACAACCCCAGUCCUGAGAUGGAAUCAGCCAAGCGCUCCCUCAUCCACAGACUGGACCUCACCAUGUCAGCCAACAAGCGCAGGAGCCUGUAUGGAAGUCCGUACAACCAGCAGGGUUAUGGAAGCCCGUAUAGCACAAAUGCAGCCAACAGCCCCUACAGCAGUGGCUUCAACUCCCCGUCCUCAACCCCCAGCAGAGUGCCCAUAGUCAGACAGCAGCUAUUGCCCAGUAACGCAGUACACCAGCGAAACGCAGCAGCAGACAGGAAUGCUCCAGCAAUUAGUCCACAGUCAUCAGUGGACAGCGAGCUCAGUACGUCAGAAAUGGAUGAGGACUCAGUGGGCUCCUCGACUACCUACAAACUCAAUGAUGUCACUGAUGUCCAGAUACUGGCACGCAUGCAGGAAGAGAGUUUGAGACAAGACUACGCUGCGACGGCAUCCAGACGGAGCUCGGGUUCGUCCUGCCACUCACUGCGGCGAAGCACCUUCAGCGACCAGGAAUUAGACGCACACAGUCUGGAGGAUGAGGAGGAGGCGGUGCAUCCAGCUUUCCACCUGCCCUCCAGUCGCUUCAGCCCCUCCCCUCGUCACUCUCCCCGCGCCUCCCCCAGGAACUCUCCCCGCUCGCGCUCCCCAGCUCGGUCCAUCGACUACAGCCACAGCCGCGGCUCACCUCAGCCCAUCAUCAGCCGCUUGCAGCAGCCUCGCCACUCGCUGCAGGGCCACGGGCACGACCUGCAGACCAACGUGGUGAAGAAUGAAGAAAAGCUGCGUCGUAGUCUUCCCAACCUCACGCGCUCCUCAGCGGCGGCAGCAGCUCAGGCACCAGAACCCGUCAAGAACAGCCGCAGCUGCGAGUCCAACCUGCAAGUGCCAAACGGAGGCUCUCCUCGACAUCAGAACCAGUCUGCAACAGCAGCUCAGCUCUCGAGAUACUCGCCCCCCUCUCGCUCCUCCCCGAAACCCAAACAGCACCUCCAACGCCCAACUGCCCUGCGAGUCCCCUCUCCCAGUAAGCUGCGAACGCCUGCCACCCCAUCCCCGCUGGCCUUGAGGCAGCCUGUAAAGGCCACAUCCACCCCUAAUUCUGCCACCUCCACCCCGACCCGCUCACUGGCCGCUCCACGCAGCGGCCUGCCCCGACCCAGUGCUUCUGGAGGAGGGGGAGGAGGAGGCAUCCCUCUGCCCCGCAGCAAACUGGCCCAACCUGUGCGCAGAUCUCUUCCUGCUCCUCGGACGUACAGCGGCACAGGAGAGAACUGGCGAGAAGGUUGUUACUGAUGCAGCCAGCAGGGGACGCUCCAGUCACACUAUCAACACAAGGAGGCAGACAUUACAACAUGGCACUUUAUCUACCUAGAUAACAUCUACAGUGAAGAAGGAGAGACUAUGUCGCAAUAUAUAUAUAUAUAUAUACAAUUCAGAUUUUUUUUUUUUUUAAAAAGGAGAGGAAAGUGUCCAGAUUGUGUCAAAGAGGACCUCCAUCGUGUUCCUCUGUGGUGACUGGCUCUGGAGGGAUCCGGCAUGUAGUGCAGACAGCCCAGAAAAUGCCAAAGAAACCAGCCCGACUCCAGCUCCGGCCAGCAGAGGACACAUCACCUGCCUUGGUUCGACUGCAAUCAUCCGUGUGACAGUUCAUAUCUCUACAUGCCCGGCUUUCCUCCCCCCUGUUCUUCUUUCACCUCCCUCAGGUUGAAAUGUUUCCACGCAUUUCUCUCUUUAUGCUCUGUGUUUAACAGAUGUCGGUGAGCGAUCUCUAUGAUGAUGCUGUGCAGGUGAACUGUCCCGUAACGUUCGAGAAGUUUCUUGAUGUCUUGCAACAGUGAAAGCACCUCUGUGUGGGUAUGACGUUUAAAGAAAUCUUUCCUCUUCUAAAAUCAGCCAGAAUGUAUGCACAAAGUUUGUUUUGGAAAUUAUUUAUUCAAAUUAUUUAAAGAAGUGUAUGUCCAAACUUCCAUAUCAGUAUUUUUGUUUGAAAUUUUCAGUUGUUUAAAAUAUACAUUUUGAACCUCAACUGCAAGCUAACUCUCCAAAGCCUUUUUUUUUUGUUGUUGUUUUCAAAGUGUCAAAUCAGGACUCGAGAGAAACCCGGGUGAUUAAUGACGCCUCGGCCAAAGCAUCAGUUCUGACUUGUACCACAGUUUGCCAAGAUUAUACUUUUCCAUUUAAGUGCUUAAAGUGGUCAGUUUAGGAAGAGGUGGACAUAAAGUCUGAGUUAUAUCUGAAAUUCCUUUUGUUGAGAAAAAAGCCUGAGCUAUUUUAUCCCUGUUCAUCCAUUCAGCCAAUGAAACACAGAGUGGUUUCAAUUCCCAUAACAGAUUUGUCAGUGUGUAUCAUUCAUAUUGUUAAAAAAAAAGUAAUGGAAAACUGUCGUAAAUAAGAAAAAGACAAGUUUCGACUGGCUUUUACCUCUUGUGCUUUGGAAACGAAUCAAAAGGCAUGCCAGUGUUAGGAAAGGUGUUCUGGUGUGGUGGUAAUUGGUGUGGUGGAUGUUCUUAAACUAGUGCCUAUAAUUUAAAGUUUCACUUGAGUUUGAACAUCAUGUUCUGUUUGUAUGUUUAUCAUUUUGUGCCAAAUUCUGGAUUUGCCAAUAUUGUUUGCAAUUUAGCAUCUCUGCUUGAUGAUUUGCUUGCCUGUUUGUUUUUUUUUUGUAAUUGAACCGACACAUUUAUAAAUGCUUUAAAAAAAAUGUUUAAUAUGCGCCUUCAUAUCUAUUUAUAACUAAUUACUCUGUUCUGUAAAUGAAACUAUUUAUUAAAGAGAGAGGUGCCUCUGUCAAAGCUCAGAUUCGGUGGGAAGCGAGGAUGAAUGUUUCAAAAAAGCAUACCACACCUUUUGUGUGACAGUUUUUGUUAUUGAACUUUUUUUUAUAUCCACAAACAUGACAUUUGGUUUCCCCAUGUAAAGUCACAUUUCAAAUAAAAGCUUAAAAGUUA